CUUCUUUCCGUCUCCUCCGUGUUCUGCCUACAAAUGCGCUAUCAACAGAUAAGCGUUGUUCUAGGCUUUCUCUCUCAAUUUUACAAAUCCCAGAAAGCAAGUCCGUGAACGCUACAACACCUUGGCAUCAGUUUACGCAGUAGAUACGUCAUGGUGAAACAGCCAAUCCCGCUUCGCGUCGUUGAGCACGCGGCAGAAACGAAACCAUCAGAUGCGGAAAAGUUGACCAGCUCAUAUUAGCUUAGAAAGGUGACGUCCUACUAGUAAAUACGCCAACUAGCUAGUUAAAAGUUGUUGGUUAUUGUCCUUUUAAUGUUCCAGGGGCUGGGCCACAAUGCUUUCUGCAGGAGAUGUUCAGAGUUGCCUCAGGAAACUGGAAACUCUGCUGCGAGCGAUUAAGUACCCCGGAGAUGUUGACUACAGCGGGCUUUCCAAAGGAGACCCCUCCACUUUUCUGCCCAUAGUGAGCUUCACCCUCACCUCCUUCUCUCCACCCUUUGCUGAGCAGCUUGUGGCAGCUGGACUGGAAAUGACUGGCAAAACCGACCUCAGAUUCACCGACACACUUUAUAAGGUUCUAAGAGAUAUGUUCCACUAUAAGCCCAUACUGACCAAACAGCAGUUCCUCCAGUGGGGUUUCUCUCAAAGGAAAAUCUCCUUCAUCUGUGACAUCAUUAAUCUGGUCCUGCAGAGACACAAGCAGCUCAACAAGCCUAGAGUGAGAUGUCCUGCUGCGCACAUCAGAAAAGAACCUCUUCUGACACCCACUGAUGCAGAUGCUGUGUCCAAAAAGCCGUUUGUUGAAGAUCACAGAAGAAAUCUGUCCUCUUUCACCAAUCUGGUCAAAGGGGGAGCUUUGUACUCUGAGGAUGUAGACUCUACGUCUCAUACUGAAGGAUCCUCCUCUGGUUCCCCUGGACUCCCAACACCACCAGAUGAAGAGAGGUCAAAGGAAAACCUUUUCUUUUCAUCAGAGAUAGAGGGAAGACUAUCAGCGCUGGAGGCUAAUAUAGACACUCUCAUGUCUGGCCUCAACAAGCUGAAUAUUCUGGAGAAACGGCUUGAGGAUCUGGAAAAGAGUAAAAAUGCAGAGAAGAAUGAUGGGGAAGUUAUUAUGGUACCUAAAGAAAGCUGGGAGAACCUGAUGAGUAGAGUGUUGUUACUGGAAACUCAGCUGGAACUGAGGAAACCACAGCUUGAUGUUUCAUUGCCCUCCCAGCUGCUUCCUUCCUCCCAUGCUUCUCUUUCAGCGGUAGACGCUUCACAGGAUGACCUAAAGGAAAGACUGCAGAGGAUUACUAACAUGAUGAAGGACACGUCUACUCUGUUGAAGAACAAAGAGUCCUGUCCAACACCUUGCAAGUGAAUUCUGACAGUGGGUUCACAUCCUGGGACUUAAUAUUAUAGGAAAUGACUUCACAAUUUUGGCACACCUUUCUGUUCUAUUAAAAGUACAUCCAUGAAUCCCUAAUUAUCACCUUUGUUAAUGCACUAAAUUUGGUGUAUUAGAGGUGUGUCUGGUUCAGUUUGGGGAGUUUGGGGCCUGGCUAGUGUAGGGUGUCCCAGUGAGGUGGAAGCAUGUUUCUGUUUUUGUGGUGAAGUGUGGGUGUGGCUCGGUUCAGUUGGG